CGUUUUUUUCUUCAGUACCGUCAUGUCUCUCCCUCAGCCUGUCCCACCCUCCUGGAAGGAUCUCGGAAAGUCGUCGAACGACCUCCUCACUAAGGAUUUCCCUUUCUCCGGCGCGACCCUCGAGGUCAAGACCAAGACACCUUCAGGCGUCGUGUUCAAGGUUGGCGGCAACAGGGACAACAAGUCAAACAUUAUCAAUGGCGACAUCGAGUCCAAAUACACCAACCGCAAGCACGGUUUCACCUUCACGCAGACUUGGACCACCGCCAACAUCCUCAAGUCCCAGUUCGAGAUUGAGAACCAGAUUGCCAAGGGCCUCAAGCUUGACUUGAACACGACUCUCCAGCCUGAGAAGGGCAACAAGUCGGCUCUGAUCAAUGCUGCCUACAAGCAGUCUGGCGUCCACACCCGUGCUGCUCUUGACGUGUACAAAGGGCCUACCUUCACUGCUGAUACUGUCCUUGGCCGCGAUGGGUUCCUUGUUGGUGCAGAGUGCGCUUACAACGUGACGGAGGGCAAUAUCACCAGAUACGCCGCCGCCGUUGGCUACAACGCACCCGAAUACGCUGUCACUAUUCACGGUCUCAACAACCUGAAUACCUUCUCUGCCAGCUACUACCACCGUGUCAAUGCCGAUGUUGAGGCAGGUGCCAAGGCUGUUUAUGACACCAAGGCGACCUACGGCGGUGUUGCGCUUGAAGUGGGUGCUAAGACUUACCUCGAUGCCAACACUGCGUUCAAGGCCAAGAUCAACAACUCUGGUGUCCUUGCCCUGGGCUAUGUUCAGAACAUUCGUCCUGGUUUCAAGGCUUCCUUCGGUCUUGCCCUUGACACUCAAAAGUUGAACGACACUACCGCUGCCGGUGGCCCCUCGCACAAGGUUGGUGCGAGCUUCACUUUCGAAUCAUAGAUAAAAGCAGGACGGCAGUUGAGGACGAGAGCGAUUACCGGAAUGUUUACGAUUCUUUCAGUGUAACGACUUUAUUUGGCCCAGCUCAAAUAAAUAUUUUUACGGAC